AUGGGUGGUAUGCAGGAAAGAAUUACAACAACAAAAAAAGGGUCUAUUACUUCUGUGCAAGCUGUAUAUGUACCUGCUGAUGAUUUAACAGAUCCAGCUCCAGCCACCACAUUCAGGCAUAAAAAUAUUUAUUUAUUUACUAUGACAUUUCAUUUAGAUGCAACCACUGUAUUGUCACGUUCCAUUGCAGAGUUGGGUAUUUACCCAGCUGUAGAUCCGCUUGAUUCAAAAUCACGUCUAUUGGAUCCUAGAGUAGUAGGUGAAGAACAUUAUAGAGUUGCCACAGAUGUACAAAAAAUACUUCAAGAUUAUAAAUCUUUACAAGAUAUCAUUGCAAUUUUGGGUAUGGACGAAUUGUCAGAAGAAGAUAAGCAAACUGUCGAACGUGCAAGAAAAAUUCAAAGAUUCUUGAGUCAACCAUUUGCUGUUGCACAAGUUUUCACUGGUUAUGAAGGGCGUCUUGUUAAAUUAAAAGACACCAUUCGUUCAUUCAAAGAAAUUUUAGAAGGAAAAUGCGAUGAUUUACCUGAAGCUGCUUUUUAUAUGGUCGGUGAUAUUGAUGAUGCAAGGAAGAAAGGAGAAGAUAUUGCAAGAGAAAUGGCUAAUCAAUAA